GUAUGUAUGCUCAGAUUAUAACGUUUUACACUGAGGAACUGCAGCCAGUUAACAUUGUAUUAGCGUGCUGUUUCUCUUACUAAUUAUCUGUGCAGACAUUCUGUAAAAUGUGAACACAAUUAGCUUAAUGUACAAAUAGAUAACUUUAUUGAAUAGUUGUAGUUGUGUUAGUGAGCAGUGUUAAAGUGAGCCAUGUGUGUAACGCUGUGGCGUCUCUGACAGGAGCCGGAGUAAAACUGGAGAUUAAUUUUAUGAUUAAUAAAGAACAAUGUCUGUAAAAGACUGCACUUCGACCAGGGACACCAGUAAUACAGGUGCCCCGGUAAAGAGAAAGCGGCGCUCGUCUACAGACCGGAGCCUCGCCGUCUCACGCAGUGGUGAGGUCAAUGCCAUGCUGGACGUGUUCAGAGUGGAAAUAAACAAGUCGUUUGUGGCCAAGAGGAAAUGUUUAGAGUCGUUCACCAGCUCGUCUCUAAAAACCAGCCAGCAGAAGAUUGAGGCGCUGUGGAGGUCUCAGCAGGGAGAACGAGCUCAGGUGUGUGAGGAUUAUGGUGCUCAGUUCCAGGCUGUGUUCCAGCAGUGGGAGAGUGAUGUGCAGAGGAACAAAGAUCAGGAAAAGAAACUCACGUCUCUGUUCCAGCGUCAGCAGGUGAUGUUUCAGCAGAUGAGAGCUUCACAAAUGGAGAGACUGAAGAUGCUCAAAGAGACUGUGGAUCAAUACAUCAAGAGCACGCAGGAACUCCAGGACGCUCACGAGAAGCAGAGCAUUGCAGCCAUGAGUGAAUUACGCCAGGAGGUGGCGCUGUUGCAGAAGAAAAUUUUUAUGAAUACACAGCAGGAGGAGAUGGCGUCUGUCAGAAACGCUCUGCACGCCAUGCUCAUGUAGGAAGUGACGCAGAUGUUUAAAGGCCAAGAUGAGUUCUAAUGCGACUGGAUGAGUGGGUGUGGGUGUGUGUGUGUGUCUUUAUUCUUAAAUCCUUCUCAUAUCUUUACUAAGGUUCACUUAAUAUAAAAAUAAAACAUUCCAAUGACUUUACUGAGAGAUUCAGAAUAAACUGUGUUUAACUCGUUA